AUGCUUGCUGAAGAUCCAUUAAUUUCAGAAGAAAAACAGAGAUUUUUAGAAGAAACGGAAAGAAUGAUUAGGGAAGUCCUCAACAACAAUCAGCCAUACACGGCUGUAAUUGAGAGAUUACAAAGAUUGGAAGAUGAAUUCCCUAGAAUCAGAAGUGCUAUGGAUGGAUUCAGAAGAUCACAAGAUGAACUCAGAAGUACUGUGGAAGAAUUCAGAACAAGUAUUGUGGAAGAAUUCAGAAGGUCACAAAACGAAAUUCGUGCUAGUUUGGGUGCUCUUGAAGAUAAAGUAUCUGGUCAAGUAACUGAAUUAAAAGCAGAUUUCACUGAAUUAAAAGCAGAUUUCACUGAAUUAAAAGCAGAUAACACUGAAUUGAAAGCCGAAGUUUACAAAAUCACAAAUUUCAUCGAAGACUCUGGAAAUUCGUGGAGAAGAAGAUCAACUCUUAUCAUCUGGAACGCAAAUGGAUUCGAAUCCAACUACCCAAGAACUUUAAUUGCCCUCCAAAAUCUGAGUUUAGAUGACAUUAAUGUCAUCUUGCGUCAGUAUGGAGUUCCAACUGGAGAAACUCGUAGAAGGACCAAGCGGGUAAAAUUAAGAAUCCUUGAAAGAUUCUAUCGUGAGGCAUGA